AUGAUAUGAGUUGUAAACAACUUUGCAGAGAACAAUCAGCCUUCACUGGGAACUUUGGCUUUUAGAGUACCAUUGAUCGUAAUAAAACUCGCAUGUUUUUACGAAAUUCUAUCCAUUCGCCUUGACACAACUCGAUUCACAAGUUUUUUUAUUUUCUAUAGUCUAAAGGACAUGACAUGAGUCGUUAACAACUUUUCAAAGAAUCAUCAACCUUCAAAGGGAAAGAAGCAGCAAUCAAAAUUGGUAUGGAAAGAGACUGAGAAAUCUAAGCAUCGAUUCUGAAGAAAGCAUAAAAACAAAUAUUAUUUAUAUUUGAACAAAUUAAACAUAAAGGAAUAA